AUGUUCAAUAGGAAAAUAAAUUCUGACAAAAAGAACAUUGGGAAAUUUCCUCUAUGGGUUUCUAAUGUGUUAUUUACAACAACUUAUGACGACUUGCAGAAUGGUGAAGCUUUCUUGAAUGAGCAUGGGUUUGCUAAAUUCUUGGAGCAACGUAGGCAUCGCUCUGUCGCUCUGUCAGCCUCCAGAGUUUCGGUACUCCACUUCUGA